AUGCAAAAGAUUAUGCAUAUUUCUGUCUUCCUGGCUCCUGUGUUGUGGGGACUGAUCUGGGGGGUCAAUUCUAACAGCAUACAGAUCGGGGGUUUGUUCCCGAGAGGCGCCGAUCAGGAGUACAGCGCGUUUCGGGUAGGGAUGGUUCAGUUCUCCACCUCGGAGUUCAGGCUGACUCCUCACAUCGACAACCUGGAGGUGGCCAACAGCUUCGCCGUCACCAACGCCUUCUGCUCCCAGUUUUCAAGAGGAGUCUUUGCAAUUUUUGGAUUUUAUGACAAGAAGUCUGUAAAUACCAUAACAUCAUUCUGUGGGACUCUUCAUGUCUCCUUCAUAACUCCCAGCUUCCCAACAGAUGGAACACAUCCCUUUGUCAUUCAGAUGAGACCUGACCUCAAGGGAGCUCUUCUUAGCUUGAUUGAAUACUAUCAGUGGACAAAGUUUGCAUAUUUGUAUGACAGUGACAGAGGCUUAUCAACACUCCAAGCUGUGCUGGAUUCUGCUGCAGAGAAGAAAUGGCAAGUGACUGCUAUCAAUGUAGGAAAUAUUAACAAUGACAGAAAAGAUGAAACUUACCGUUCACUGUUUCAAGAUCUAGAGGUAAAAAAAGAAAGGCGAGUGAUUUUGGACUGUGAGCGUGAUAAAGUCAACGACAUUGUUGAUCAGGUUAUCACAAUUGGUAAACAUGUUAAAGGAUACCAUUAUAUCAUUGCAAAUCUGGGUUUUACUGAUGGAGAUUUGUCAAAAAUUCAGUUUGGAGGAGCUAAUGUCUCAGGAUUUCAGAUAGUUGACUAUGAUGAUCCUCUGGUGUCAAAAUUUAUACAACGUUGGUCAACACUGGAGGAAAAAGAAUAUCCUGGUGCACACACAAGUACAAUUAAGUAUACUUCUGCUCUGACCUAUGAUGCUGUUCAAGUGAUGACAGAAGCUUUCCGUAAUUUGCGCAAGCAGAGGAUUGAGAUAUCCAGAAGAGGAAAUGCUGGAGAUUGUCUUGCAAAUCCAGCUGUACCCUGGGGUCAUGGUGUAGAAAUAGAAAGGGCAUUGAAACAGGUUCAGGUUGAAGGUCUAACAGGGAAUAUAAAAUUUGAUCAGAAUGGAAAGAGAAUCAAUUUUACAAUAAACGUCAUGGAACUCAAAAGCACUGGUCCUCGGAAGAUUGGAUAUUGGAGUGAAGUGGACAAAAUGGUUGUGAAUCCUCUCGAUGGCCCUCUUGGAAAUGAAUCUUCAGGACUAGAGAAUAAGACUAUUAUUGUCACCACUAUUUUGGAGUCCCCAUAUGUCAUGAUGAAGAAAAAUCAUGAAAUGCUUGAAGGAAAUGAUCGAUAUGAGGGAUAUUGUGUGGACUUAGCAACAGAAAUUGCUAAACACUGUGGAUUUAAAUAUAAGCUCACAAUUGUUGGGGAUGGCAAGUAUGGGGCAAGGGAUGCAGACACGAAAAUCUGGAAUGGGAUGGUUGGAGAACUUGUGUAUGGGAAAGCCGAUAUUGCAAUUGCUCCAUUAACUAUAACACUGGUGAGAGAAGAGGUGAUUGACUUCUCAAAGCCCUUUAUGAGCCUGGGGAUAUCGAUAAUGAUCAAGAAGCCUCAGAAGUCCAAGCCAGGAGUGUUUUCAUUUCUUGAUCCGUUAGCAUAUGAAAUCUGGAUGUGCAUUGUAUUUGCCUACAUUGGGGUCAGUGUAGUUUUAUUCCUGGUCAGCAGAUUUAGCCCAUACGAGUGGCACACUGAGGAAUUUGAAGAUGGAAGAGAAACGCAAACUAAUGAAUCAACUAAUGAAUUUGGGAUAUUUAAUAGUCUCUGGUUUUCCCUGGGUGCCUUUAUGCAGCAAGGAUGCGAUAUUUCGCCAAGAUCCCUGUCUGGGCGCAUUGUUGGAGGUGUGUGGUGGUUCUUUACCCUCAUCAUAAUCUCAUCCUACACGGCUAACUUAGCUGCCUUCCUGACGGUUGAGAGGAUGGUGUCUCCCAUCGAAAGUGCAGAGGAUCUUUCCAAACAAACAGAAAUUGCUUAUGGGACGUUAGAUUCUGGCUCCACUAAAGAGUUUUUUAGGAGAUCUAAAAUUGCAGUGUUUGAUAAAAUGUGGACCUAUAUGAAAAGUGCAGAGCCAUCUGUGUUUGUGAGGACUACAGCAGAAGGGGUAGCUCGAGUACGGAAGUCCAAAGGAAAAUAUGCCUACUUGCUGGAGUCAACCAUGAAUGAGUACAUCGAACAAAGGAAACCCUGUGAUACCAUGAAAGUUGGUGGGAAUUUGGAUUCCAAAGGCUACGGCAUCGCCACACCUAAAGGAUCCUCAUUAAGAAAUGCGGUUAACCUCGCAGUACUAAAACUGAAUGAACAAGGCCUGUUGGACAAAUUGAAAAACAAAUGGUGGUACGACAAAGGAGAGUGCGGCAGCGGGGGAGGUGAUUCCAAGGUCAGCCCCAGAGAGAAAAGCGAUGGAACCCCAGUAAAUCUUGCAGUAUUGAAACUCAGUGAGCAAGGCGUCUUAGACAAGCUGAAAAACAAAUGGUGGUACGAUAAAGGUGAAUGUGGAGCCAAGGACUCUGGAAGUAAGGAGAAGACCAGUGCCCUCAGUCUGAGCAACGUGGCAGGAGUCUUCUACAUUCUCGUCGGGGGACUUGGUUUGGCAAUGCUGGUGGCUUUGAUUGAGUUCUGUUACAAGUCGAGAGCCGAGGCGAAACGAAUGAAGGUGGCAAAGAGUGCACAGAAUAUUAACCCAACUUCCUCGCAGAACUCACAGAACUUUGCAACUUAUAAGGAAGGUUACAACGUAUAUGGAAUCGAAAGUGUUAAAAUUUAGGGGAUGACCUUGAAUGAUGCCAUGAGGAGCAAGCAAGGCUGUCAAUUACAGGAAGUACUGGAGAAAAUGGACGUGUUAUGACUCCAGAAUUUCCAAAAGCAGUGCAUGCAGUAUCUUACGUGAGUCCUGGCAUGGGAAUGAAUGUCAGUGUGACUGAUCUCUCGUGAUUGAUAAGAACCUUUUGAGUGCCUUACACAAUGGUUUUCUUGUAAGUUCAUUGUCAAAGUGGUGAGAGGCAUCUGGUAUCUUGAAGACUUUUCUUUCAGCCAAGAAUUCUUACAUUUGUGGAGUUCAUCUUGGAUUGUAAUGAAUGCUUAGUUCAAAACACAACACCAUUUUCUACACAAGUUCAAGAUGAAGCUUGACUGACAUGCACAGCUAACAUGGAAGUACUGUAAUCUAACUGAAGUCGUUGUACAGGCAACACACCAGUUUCUGCAGCCACCAUUGUUAGUCCCUUGGUUCAUAUUGACUUAAGCACACUUGACAUCGAUUGCAUCGAGAUGUGACAUGUUUUAUAAGAAAAAUUAAAAAAAAAAACAUUUAAAAUGGAAAAAAAAAUAUUUUUAGGUAUUUUCACAAACUGGCUUUUAAAUGAACUUGCUUCCAUAAUGGUUGAAUAUGACAAAAA